AAUUUUAAAUCAACUUUUCAAAAUAACUCGAACCAUAUCUUUGAAAUUUUAUUAACUAUAUCCUUCAUUUGAAAAGCUUAAAAGCUUAUGGCAAUUCUCCUUAAGCUCAAUCCAAUGCUGUAUUCGUGCAUGGACCCAUUAUGUCUACUUAUUUAUUUGUCAAACAUAAUGUUAUUCACCCCAUUUGUUUAUUUUCUGUUUUUACACUUUUCAUAUGCUGUUUUAUUAUAAAUUCAAGCGACAAGCCAAUGGUGCAAUCAGUUGUAUGAGUAAAUUGUGACUUGAAGGACAUCAAAAACUGUGCUACGCUUUUAAAAUGUUUCAAAUAUUUCGAGCAUGAAUAUAAGUUGAGGUAAAAAGCGUAUGCUUUUGAAUUGAGUUAAAAAAACAACAACAAAUAUAAAUCGAAUUUGCAUGUGAAUGAUGAUAAAAAAAGAGGCUGUAAAAAUAAUACUUAUGUAUUACAGCAGUAACAUGAAUUAAACAUUGUGCCCCAUUUAUUUCGAACAAUAAUUUGAUAAACACCAUUCGGCUUGAUUGUUUGACAUGAUUCACGGAUCUAUGAAGUACAUUCAAAUCAGAGUAUUGAAAAAAGUGACAACGGAAUGCAAACAGUAAAAUAAAAUCAAUUUAUUGACGAGGUGCAAGAACCGUUCGAGAAUUUGUGAGAAGCCAACUCAAAUGUUAAAGGAUGAUUCGUAUGGCAGGCUCCAAAUUGCUUGCACGAUUAUUAUUAUUAAUUUCGUCGAUAACUCUAGUUUCGUUGCUGGCUCUUACCCGAUGUGGCAUCGGCAGCCUGGUCGAUACCAAUAUCUUAAUUACUGAUGAUGAUGAUGUAAUUCAAAAAUCACAAGGUAUAAAUUAUAUGCUUUUACUGCAACAGAGGGAAGAGGAAAAUCGACAAGAAAUUGCCAAACUGACAGCGGAAAUAAAAUCGCUCAAAGUACAACUAAUUCAACAUCGAAAUAAACACUCAGUGUCUUUUGAUUCACAUAUCCAGAAUAUUUCAUCGUCGUCGCUUCCAUCACAAGCCACACCAGCUGUGACAUCGGCCCCAUUGGGUGAUUGCACGAAUUACAUACGAAAGCAAGUUGGUGCCGCUGAAAUUUUGCAUGGUCUUCCACUGAACAAUGAAUACGAAUUAUUACCGUUUAAUCAUUUCACAUUCAGUCGUGUUUAUCCCAUUGAAUUGGGAUUAGGUAAGCGGGUCGUUGAAAAACCAAUUGGCUUUAAGAGAAAAGAUUUGCUGGAUGCUUUAAAUCGAGCGCUUGACAGUCUCAACAAAAACGCUUCAAUUCGUUAUACAUUGGACGAUUUUUCCGAGGGUAUUUAUCGUAUUGAUCCAACAACCGGAACUCAAUAUGAUCUAUACUUUCGAACAAAGGAAAUAAAGGAAAUUCGAAAAUAUACAUCAAUCGCUAACCGACUCAAAAGCCACAAUAAUGAUGGCAUCAAAAAAUUAACUAUAAUGCGACCAUUUGCACCGUUACAAACAAUACAAAUCGAAACAUUUCCGAAACAGCGAGAAAAAGAAAAGGAAAUUGUCCACAUAAUAUUGCCGCUGUCUGGACGUACAGAUACUUUUCAAAAUUUUAUGGAUAAAUUUGUAAAAAUUGCAUUGAAAAAUGACCGGCGUGUACAUCUUACGGUUGUGUACUUUGGUGAAGACGGUCUGUCAGAAACACGUUCAAUUAUGAGUCGUGUACUGGGAAUGAAGAAAAGCGGCGGAAAUUCAUCGAAUUUAAAAUUAUUAGCUCUUAAUGAGACAUUUUCAAGAGCAAAAGGUCUUCGAGUAGGCGCCGAAAGAGUGUCAGAUAAAAAUGAUAAAAAUAAGGAUGUUUUAUUGUUCAUGUGUGAUGUUGACGUGGCAUUCAGUGCAAAAUUUUUAGACCGCUGCCGUUGGAACUCGAAGCCCAGAAAAAAAGUAUAUUAUCCAGUUGUGUUCAGUUUAUAUAAUCCGCAUGUUGUUUAUACACUGCAAGGAAAAGAAGUACCACCAGAACACGAUCAAUUGUUGAUUUCACGUGACAACGGAUUUUGGAGAGACUUUGGUUAUGGAAUGACUUGCCAAUAUAAAUCCGAUUUUAUGAAUGUGCGUGACUUUGAAGAGAUUGUUGGAUGGGGUGGUGAGGAUGUAAUGCUCUAUCGAAAAUAUGUACGAUCAACUAUAAAGGUGAUUCGUGCAACCGAUCCAGGCAUUUUUCAUAUUUGGCAUCCAAAGGUGUGUACGGGAAUAACGAAUGGACAACAUUUAACCGCCGAUCAAUAUCGUGCAUGUAUACGAUCACGUGCUUUAAAUGAAGCAUCACAUGCUCAACUUGGAUUUUUGGCAUUUCGCGAGGAUAUCGCAGCACACUAUCAAGAUAAUAAUGAUAACAAUGAUGUUACAAAUUCGAAAAAUUCUGGCACACAUACCAUGGAUAUUAAAAUAUUUCCAUUAAAAACGAUAAAAAUAAAUAAGAAAUUAAAUAUCUCUGAUGAGUCAUCAUUACCAAACAAUAACUAUAAGAAUAACAAUAGUCACAUUGAUUCAGAUGUAAACAAUCAGCAACAAAAGAAAUCGAAACAAAAUUUGAAAUUUUUUGGUAGUGACUUAAAAAAAACUUGAUCUUACAAGUACCAAGAAUUCGAUAAAAAAUCAAAAAAAUUGAAACAACAAUCACAUUUGCAGCCCGAAAGUAUUUGGAAGAUUGAAUUUUGAAUAAUUUUCAUUUGUAAACUGCCAUUUUACGUUCAAAGACUGAAUUGACUGACUGAAGUGACAAUUAGCUAAUGUAUGCAUAUCAACAAUUGGCGUACCCCGAAAACAAAACGGAAAAAGGACUGUUUAUAGUUCGUAUUAGAUAUUGGUGAUCAUCAGACACAAAAAAAAAAAAAAAUUCAAAUUUUAAAUUGUGAUAAUAAAAAUAAAAAAAAAAAAAAAAAAUGAACAAAAAAUGGUUUGCGAAACUAUUUAUUUAACUAUAUACGCUCCGGUCUUAAUGAUAUUUGCAGUUAAGCUCUGACCACGCUAGUCAGGCUUCAAACCUCAUUCUUUCAUUGUAUCUAUUAAAUCUUUUAUUGUGUCGGGUAACAGCGUUUGCAGUGACACUAUUUCACCUGUUUUAUCAUAAUCGUAACAGUUGAUGUCUGCUAUUUUGCCUAACUGUUACUAUUUUCAAAACCUGAUUUAACAAAAUUGGAAUAGCUUUCUUUUCAAUUCUUGUAAUUUACACGUACAUAAAUUUUGUAUACAAUAAUUGUGACAUUAAGCACAAACAUGAUUGUGUUUUUAGAAUGAAAUAACAGCAAAACCGAGUUGAAAUUGCUCUUGUAAAAACGACCUUUUAUUACAAAAAUACCUGGUUGAAAAAGUGAAAAAAAUGUAGACGUUUUAUUUCUCUUAAUUCUAUAGAACAAACUCGUCUACAUCAUCUGAUGCGAUAAAAAUGUAUAAAUUUGGUUUCUCCGUCACACAAAUCGUUGUCUCAAGCUAUCUCAAGCCGACAUUUUAUUGACACAAAACUCACACUUAUAUUUUGCAGCGGUAGAUUUGUUAUUGAAAAAAAAAUCCGAUAAAAUGAAUCAGUAAAUUAUUAUCCAUCAAAAUGAAACAGUGCAAACGAGUCCAUCUAUACAAUUCCGUUUUUAUGGACCCGCUUACUUGUUUCAUUUCUAUAG